AGCAUGUAAGGUGGCCCGGGGUGGAGUCAGCCUCAGCCGCAGCAGCUCCUCUCUACGUGAGCUCAUUUUGAUUUCUUGUAGCCUCCAGCUUCACUCUGCUGUCGGAGAGGCCUUUUUAUCCGAGCAAAGUGGAACGAAAAGAAGCAUAAUUUAGGACUACUUUCCGCACAGUUCACCGCGCUUACAUCGACAGAAGAUCAAAUAAACAGCAGCAUGGGGGCCAGUGAGGAGAAAAAAGAAGCAUGUGGAACCGUCUGCCUGAAGUACCUCCUGUUUACAUUCAACUUUCUCUUUUGGUUGGCAGGGGUCGUGGUGAUGGCCGUGGGUGUUUGGACCUUGGUUGAGAAGAGUGACUACAUCAGCCUUCUCUCCUCCAAGACCUACGCUGCCUCCGCCUACAUACUGGUCCUGGCUGGAGCCAUUGUCAUGGUAACAGGCGUGCUAGGCUGCUGUGCCACCUUCAAGGAGCGAAGGAGGCUACUGCAAGUGUACUUUGGCCUGCUGCUGUGUAUCUUUCUGUUGGAGAUCCUCGCUGGCGUCCUGGCUUAUAUCUACUAUCAGCAGUUGAAUGAGGAGCUGAAGCAGAACCUGAGGGAGACCAUGACCCAGAAGUAUCAACAGAUCCCCCAUGAGCAGAUCACCAGGGCUGUGGACAAACUGCAGCAGGAGUUCAAGUGCUGUGGCAGCAACAGUUCAUCGGACUGGGCUGAUAGUGUCUGGAUCCGCUCCAGAGGCGCAAACAGCAGAAUAGUGCCUGACAGCUGCUGUAAGACUCAGACUGAGCUCUGCGGCCGCAGGGACCACCCGUCCAAUAUCUACAAGGUGGAGGGUGGCUGCAUCACUAAACUGGAGAAAUUCAUCCUGGACCAUCUCAAGAUCAUCGGAGCAGUGGGGGUUGGGAUUGCAUGUGUACAGAUCAUUGGGAUGGUGUUUACAUGCUGCCUGUAUCGAAGUCUAAAGGCAGAGCCGUACUAAGAGAGGCAGAAAGAAGAAGAUGAAUAGUGUUGAUGAAGGAGGUAACUUCAUCACCACAUGCCAAACUCAGAUAGCCCAUAGGUUAUUUUCUUUGCCUGGCACAUAGGGGGAGGAAAAUUUGGCAGGGGAUCAAAAUGCACAUCAGAGGAUCUCAUUUUAAUAAACAAAAGGUGGAAAUAAACUACAAUGUAUCUGGAGGUAAUUAGCCGUUAAAAAUGCAAUUUCAGCUCCAUCUCCAAGAUCACAGCGCUGUGAAAAAAAAAAGCCUCAGAGAGAAACUGAUGGGAAUUUGAACACAGAUUGUGUAAAUUAGUGUGGGGACAGCCUCCUCGGGACUCAAACAUUGUCGUUUUUUUUCUUCCACACCGAUUCCCUCGAUGUACGUUUAUGUUUGCAGACAGGAUGCUGCACUCGAAAGUGUUGUAAAAACCAGCGGAGUAAGACUGGCACUUGGAGGAAAAUGUAAAUUCUGGUCACAGCAGCUUUCCCUUCCCCAGCAAUGUGUGGUUUAACAAGCCUACACCUCUGGGGCCCUCUUCAUCUUCAGCAGCAUUUUGUUUCCACGCUAACUUCCCUGUCAUGCAUUUUAAAAGUUGUGCGAUAGUGGCCUUUUUAAACCUUUGACCUGUUACUUUUUAUACGUUGCAAAUGAUCAUUUUGUGUAACACUUGAGGGCGUUUCUUCUGAGCAACGAGGAUGUAUUCCCUAAUGUGUCGUCAUAGUGAUAUGUCAGUGUAACAUCAUGAUUUGAUUCAAUUUAAAGAUCUGCUGAGAAGGACAGUGUCUGCCUCAGUGAAGGUAAUGCCUUGCUCAAAAGCAUUUCCAUGAGGAUUGUUGAAGCAAUUAUGUGACUUCUCUAAAGUUUAAAACCUGAUUAAAUCAUUUUUUGAUCUUCUUGCUGACACAUACAAGCAGUGCCUCUAAUUUAUGCUCAUAAGAAAGUGCCUCAUUUUAGAUAUUUUACUUCAUCUUUUUUUAUAUGUGGGAUUUAUCCACUGAUGCCAAAGUUGAAUACCGUAACUUUGUGUAAGGACCUACUGUAUCUCCUCAAGCCUUAUACACCUAUCUACUGACGCCGCUCUCUUUUUUUAGAUUGUUUUCAUAAAUGAAGAUUUUGUUUACUUUUCUAUACUUAACUAUAUUAUUGUAUUUAACAGACACGUAGUAGAAGAUGAUUUUUCACUCACUUGUCAGUAACGAUCCUUUUACUGUGUGCCUCACAGACGACACUGAAUUAACCUGCUGUAAUUUCUCUUUGUGAUAAUCCAGGAAAUAUUUUCAGUUUGAAUAAAUGUUGAUCAUUACA